AUGAAAUUCCACGUUGUAAGCUCGCUGUAUGCCGUUACAUUUGUUUCCUCGGCCACAGCAGCACCAUGGCAGUCGACUGGAAACCUUACAUGUCGCUCCAUGCCCGGCGAUGUCGCCUGGCCCAAUGAGAACGACUGGCAGACGCUCAAUGCAACAAUCGGCGGUCAGCUGAUCCGAGGAGAACCCCUGGGGGAGCCUUGCUACGGCACGCACAUAGAUGCGACCGCAUGCAGCGACAUACAGAGUCGGUGGGGCUACGCUGAAGAAUAUUACAAUGAUGCCAUCAACAUCAUGUCACCUUACUGGUUAAACGAUUCUUGCAAUCCGUUCUUGACCGCCGACGGUGGCGUUUGUACUCUCGGAAAUCUUGCCUCUUACGCAAUUAAUGUAACCGAUGCAGACUCGGUCGUUGCGGGGAUCAAGUUUGCUCAAGAAAGGAAUAUCCGUCUCUCGAUAAAGAAUACAGGUCACGACUAUAUCGGUCGAUCGAGUGGCGCGGGCUCCUUGGCUUUAUGGACUCAUAAUCUCAAGUCCAUCUCGUUUCUCAACUACAGCAGCGAGGCCUACACCGGACCAGCCGCUGUAAUAGGUGCCGGUGUUCAGUUCUCCGAGGCUUACGCCGCUGCAGCAGAACAGGGUCUGCGGGUAACAGGAGGGUAUUGUCCCUCGGUUGGUCUAGCGGGCGGCUAUGUUCAAAAUGGCGGUCAUGGGCUCUUGGGCUCGAGCUACGGGCUGGGAGCUGACAACGUCUUGGCCUAUGAAGUUGUAACGACCGAUGGUCGGCACCUCACCACAUCACCCACAGAAAACGCCGAUUUGCACUGGGCGCUGAGCGGGGGUGGCUCUGGCAACUACGCCGUGGUCCUUUCCGUGACCAUCAAGGCUCACAUUGAUGGCCCGGUGGCGGGCGCGGCACUUGUCUUUGGCAAUGCCGACCCGGAGGCAUUUUGGGCAGCGGUAGCUGCAUGGCAGAAACAUCUCCUGGUCCUUGACCGGAUCCACGGUCUUUCCACCUCGGCGACGCUUACCUCGCAGUCAUUUAGUCUGAACGUCGCAACGUUGCCGGGCGGGACCGAAGACGACAUCAGAGCUGCAAUGGACCCAUUUUAUCAAGAACUCCAAGACCUCAAUGUUACAGUGAUCUCGAACUCAACGACCGUCAACCCGACGUAUUUCGAGCAUUUCAAUGCCUACACUUCGUAUGCUCCCGAUGCCACCCCGCCGAACAAUGUCCUUGGAGGCCGACUGGUGUCUCGCUCGACCGUCCAAGACCACACGCCGGAGCUCGUCGACAUCUUCCGGUCGAUACUUGGCGACACGACGGUACCUUUCCAGGCCAUCAACUUCAAUGCCGGCAAUGUGACGCACGCUGUGUCGGGCAACGCCCCUGGCUCCAAUGCUGUCUUGCCCGCGUGGAGAGAUUCGCUGUACACUACAAAUUUCGGUAUUCUUUUUGCUCAGAACGCAUCACGCACAGACUUGAGCUUUUAUCAAGCAAAGGUAAAUACCUGGCAGGAUCUGUUCAAACCCUUGACUCAGGGUGCGUACGUGAACGAGGCCACAUUCGACAACCCGGACUGGAAGAUUGAUUACUUUGGAGAGAAUUAUGAUGAGCUCUUGCGUAUUAAACAAAAGUACGACCCUGAGUUCAGUCUGUGGCAACACACGGCGGUGGGAGCUGACGUUUACUGGAAGCCAAGUGACGGUGGGAGACUGUGUCGGGUGCAGUGA